AGAAUGGAGGGAAAAGAAGAACAUGCAAUAGGGAUCGACCUGGGAACCACGUACUCGUGUGUUGCAGUGUGGCAGCACGGUCGUGUUGAGAUCAUACCCAACGAACAGGGUAGCAGGACGACUCCGUCUUACGUUGCCUUCACGCAGUCAGAGAGGUUGGUUGGCGAUGGAGCUAUUAACCAGGUGGCCAGAAACCCCACCAACACCGUCUCUGAUGCAAAGAGGUUGAUUGGUAGAAGAUUUAGUGACACUUGUGUUCAAGAUGAUAUGAAGCUUUGGCCAUUCAAGGUCAUUGAAGGUCCGACUGACAAGCCUAUGAUUGUGGUCAACCAUAUGGGUCAAGAGAAACAGUAUGCUGCUGAAGAAAUUUCAUCCAUGGUUUUGACAAAGAUGCGUGAGAUUGCUGAAGCCUACAUUGGCAAAACUGUGAAGAAUGCAGUAGUUACUGUCCCUGCCUACUUCAACAACUCGCAGCGUGAAGCUACAAAACAUGCUGCUGCCACUGCCGGCCUCAAUGUGAUUCGUAUGAUCAAUGAACCAACUGCUGCAGCCAUCACUUAUGGGCUUGACAAGAAGGCUGGUUGGUAUUCUGACAGAAUUGUGAUGAUUUUUGACUUGGGUGGUGGCACUCUAGAUGUUUCUCUGCUUAGCAUAAAUACUUCUGGUGUCUUUGAAGUGAAGGCAACUGCUGGAGAUACUCACCUUGGGGGUGAAGACUUCGAUAGCAGAAUGGUUAACUUCUGUGUUGAGGAAUUCAAGAGGAAGCAUAAUGUGGAUCUUAGUGGAAACUCCAAGGCUCUUAGGAGGUUAAGAAAUGCAUGUGAGAAGGCAAAGAGAAGGCUUUCAUUUGCCACAGCAACUGAUAUUGACAUUGAAUGUUUGCAUCAGGGUACCGAUUUCUUUUUAAGUUUUAACCGUGCUAAAUUCGAAGAACUUAACAAGGGUUUCUUCAUCAAGUGCAUAGAGCCUGUUGUUCAGUGUUUGAAGGAUGCUAAGAUGGAUGUAGGCAGAGUCCAUGAUGUUGUCCUUGCUGGUGGUUCAUCUAGAAUUCCCAAGGUGCAGCAGCUUUUACAGGAUCUGUUCAAGGGGAAGCCGUUGUGCAAAAGCGUUAAUCCUGAUGAGGCAGUGGCAUACGGUGCUGCUGUCCAAGCUGCAGCUUUGAGUGGGAACGAAAAUGGGAUGCUUCAAGGCUUUGCUCUCUUGGAUGUCACCCCACUAUCACUUGGCGUCCGGAUUGUUCGCAAUGGGAUUCAUUACAAUUCUAUGUGUGUUGUGAUCCCAAGAAACAGUAGAAUUCCCACCACGAUGAAAACGAUUGUUUGUACCCUCCAGGACAACCAAACUUCCUUGUCCACACCCAUUUUCGAGGGGGAGAGCCCAACAGCAUCAGAAAACAAUUUCUUGGCUGACUUCGUCAUCAAUAACGUACCUCCAGCUCCCAAGGGUGUUGCUAAGUAUUACAUUUGCUUUGACAUUGAUGCUGAUGGUAUCCUGUGUGUCUCUGCUGAGAAUAAGUUAACUGGUGAGAAGCAAGGGUGUACAGUCAUCUCAACAAGAAAGAUAAAGCAAGAAGGAACUGGGACUUGCAACAGAAGGCUUGAAAGAAGUGAGCUGAGCAAGAUAAAACAAGAAGGAAAUGAGACAAGCAAGAUCAAAUGUGAAGCAACCAAGACAAGGAAGAGAACACUUGAAGGUGGUGAGAGACAAAAGAUUAAACGUGAAGAAAGUGAAAGCCAGGGAAAACACUAA